AUGAGCGACUCAGAUACCACUGUCAAGGUUAUUUUCAAAUUACCUCUAAGCUUAGCGUCUAAAGACAAUAAUAAAAUUGAAUAUGAUGUUUCAAGAGAAUCUAUCGUCACCAACAUUGCUGAUCUGUUACGCUUUACCCCACAAUGCAAAUUCAUCACGAAUUACACGUUAUUGUACAAUGGCAAAGAAGUCGAUUUUUUGAAAAGUUUCAAAGAUUUACACGAAACUAGUAAAGAAUAUGUGUUACAUCUACAACUGUCUCAUUAUACUACUGCUUCCGCUAUAUCUCACUUUUUAUCUUUCAGAAGUUCUAUUGGGCUUUUAUCUGAAAGUGUUGACGGGAUCUCUGAAUUUGCCAUUUCUGGAGGUGCCACCUUUGAUGAUUUAAAAUUAAAAGACAUUAAACCAGCUAAAGCACAACAAGAAAAAGAAGUCACAAAAGAGGAUUCAAAAGAAGGUGCAAAAGAAGGUGCAAAAGAGAACACAAAAGAAGAUGCUAAUGAAGAGAAAGCUCAAGAGUUUCAAAUUUCUGAGGAGGAAAAAAAAGAAGUUGUUGAUAUCAUUGCUGAAAUUUUAGAUAAAGAUGCCAAACCAGGCAUUUCAAAAGUCUUAGCUUACAAGAAUAAUUUUAUUGCUCCAUGUGUUCGUUCGUUAACAAUUUCCAAUUACAAUCCUGUCCCAUCAUUUUAUAAGUGCAGAGGACAUACUUUGUACUUACAAGUUGUCACUUUGGAAGGCGAAGUUUUCCAUAUCACUGGUGAUUCUGCUGGAUUUUAUGUUAACAAAUCAAGCUCCAACAAAUUUGAUCCAUCUCCAAAAGAUGAAUUCCGUGGUAUUACUUUAUAUGACGUUAUUUCACACCACUCCAAGAAAUUUAUUUCUCAUGUUAAUGAUUUGGAAAAAAAGAUAUCUACAUUAGAUCUGGCUUACUACUCUCCUGUUACUACCACCUUUUUGAAUAAGCCAUGGUUUGUUUCUCAACCGAACAUUGUUGGUGAUUACACCACAUUACAAAUGCCUGCAAUCGAAGGUUUACAACAAGAUAGGGAUUUAAGUAAUGAAUUCCAGUCUGUUAGAGAUGAGCCUGUAUCCACCUUCCAUGAUCGUGUCUCCAGUGAAAAAUUAUUGGCCAAAAUUGCUCAUGAUUUCAACGUUGCUGCUGUUACUGGUGCCAUGAAAGUCAUUAACGGUGAAUUGACCCCAUUAAACAUUGAUAGUUCCUUUGCAGAGACGGAAGCUGCUAAAACUUAUUACCACCACAACAUUUUUUACAGUUAUGUUUCUGAUUACAUGGACGAACAUAAAGAAGAAGGUGGUUCAGAAUAUGUUUCUGCUUCUACCAACGCUGAUUUGAACACUAUCAAAAUCUUACACCGUUUAGGUUCUCAAGAAAUUCGUUACUUGUUGACUACUAUUGUUGACUAUUGUGGCCGCAGAAUUUUAUGCCAAGCUACUGUUCCUGGUUUACUAGAAAUCAUGGGUGUUAACCCAGAAGCCAAACCUAAGGAAGAUGAGGAAAAGGAAAAUUUUGAUAGCAGAUACGCAAACGAUAUUGUGGUUAUAUACGGUUCUAAUGAUGAAACUGGCGAAAUUGCAUACAAUGAGAAAUUUAACAAGAACCUAAAUGCUUUAAGCCAGUAUUUCCACUUGAAACCACAUACUGUUGAUGGGAAAGAAUUUUUCGUUUCUUCUAAAACCAAGGGAUUGGUAGGUUCUGAUAAGAGAAACUACAUCAUGGACCUGUAUGGGUUCCAGCCAUUGGAUUACAAGUUUAUUUCUGAGUACUUUGAUGGUGUUUCAGAUCCUAAUCAGCGCUAUCCACACAGAAAUGCUUUUAUUCGUCAUGAAUUGGUUAAUAAAUGGUGGAAUGAAAAGGUGGAGACUACCAAAUUAGAUUUAUCUAAAGCCUUUGAAGAAAAAGAGUUUAGUUUCAACCCAGAUGAUGAAAAGGAUCCCGUUUCCAAAGAAAUUUCUGAAUAUUUAACUGGUAAAGUUAUUCCUCAAUUAUUCAAAAACAUUUUGGAACAAUUGGUCACUUUGCCCUUUGAUGGUGAACAGUUGACUGAUAUUUUUCAUAAAUCGGGUGUUAACAUGCGUUACUUGGGUGCUUUUUUGAAACUAGUUGAAGAUGAAUUGGAAAAGGAAGUCAAGGAUCAUGAAAAGAAAAAAGCUGAACUUGUUGAGCGUAAUGUAGAAUACAAGGAGUAUGAAAAGAAUAGAUUAAUUAAAAUUGAAAAAUUGAUCAAAGAGAGACGUGAAGAGAUCAACAAAUAUGUUAUGGAAGGUAAAGAUGUUCCAGAAGAAUUAACCAAAAACUUGAAUUUGGAUGAUGCAGAUAUUAGAAAACCAAAUACUGAAGAGCCACAUAUUGUGAACUAUGACAAUUUGAACUUUUUACGUUUUAUUAUUCAGUUAGAAGUUGUUUCUCGUUCUUUGAAGCAUAUUUUAAAGAACAAAUCUUUUGGCUUACCAGUUACUACUGUCCCUGCCUUGAUUUCCUAUGUUUUCAAUUUGUUAUUUGGCAAUCAAUAUAAUACCCAACCCGAGCUUCAAAUUUUAGAUCCAGCUUAUGCUGAGGAUAAGGAAAUUAUCAGCAGCAUUUCUGGCUUGACUCGUGAAUCCAUUAUUAAGCAAAUCCAACACGAAGCUUCCAUUCGUUUCCAUUGUACUAUUAGUGACGAUUGGUUUGACAAGGAACUAGCUACUAGAAACCAAUUUAAUUUGAUUAGAUCUAUUUGUAUGAAAUUUGGUAUCCAGUUGUUUAAUAAAUCGUACUAUUUUACUAAAGAACAAUUUGAAAAUUAUAAGGAAUCAUUGGAUAAGAAAACAAGAAACAAGUUACAACCACCCUUACAGACUUUCUCCACAAGUGAUUUCACUGUUAGGCCUGUUAUUAAAGACUCUGAUUAUGUGUCAACAUUUGCCGAUGAAUUGUGGAAUGCCGGUGCUAUUCAAUUGAGUGAAAACCAAGAGGAAGCCUUUUCUUUAAUCUCACGUUCCAUUGCCGUUAAAGAACAAGUCAACGGAUCCAUCCAUGCUUCUGUUGGUGAAAAUUAUUUGACUUUAUCAUUCUUUUACUCCAAACAGGGGAAAAUCCAAGAAGCAAUUGCAUUUGCCCGUCAAGCUAGUAUUAUUUUGGAAAGAACAACUGGUGUCGAUUCUUUUGUUACGUUAAAAGCCUUAACCAAUUUGGCCAUAUUGGAAUUUAGUAAUGAAUCUGCCUACAAUUGCGUCAAGUUAAUAUCCAGAAUUUUGAACAUUUUGGAAGCAUCUGUUGGUUAUGACUGUCAUCCAAGUAUUUUAUCUAUUUUAGAAACUUUACAAAGAUUAGCUUUGCGCUGUAAAGAGCUGAAUUUGACUGUUAAGAUUGUUGAAAAGGUCAAUGAUUUAAUAGUUAAGAUUCAAAACGGGUUCAAGGGAACUGCUUAUGCCAUGAACUUAUCCACUUUGGGUAACUUGUAUGCUACCUUCCAAGAUUAUACAAAUUCUUUGAAAUGUAUUGAGGAGGCUCAUAAGAUCUAUUCUGAUGAGUUAGGUUUAGAUCAUAAUUUGACUUUAACUGCCACUCAAUGGUUAAACAGUUUGAAUGGAAUUGUUGCAUCUCAGAAAUUGGCUCGUACUCAGGCUGCUGUAAAUGCUGCUCCACGCGGUACACAAGCUAAUUCAUCAAAUAGUGGUGCUAAGAAAAACGGCAAAUCUAAUAAAAAAAAGUUAGUUGGCAAAAGUAUUGAAGAAUUGGUUGAGUUUGUCGAAGGCGGUGAGCCUAAAAAAUCCAACAAGGGUGGUAACAAACAUUAA